AUGGGGCCCCCGGGCAAUAGGGGAUCAUGGGGCCCCUGUGUCCUUGCCCAAACUCAAAAAAGCCUCAAAAUUACUUAAUUCCAGAAAAUAUAAUAAAAAAGCCUGCUUAUCUUCAGCAUAAACAUUAUGAAGGAAACAAAGUUCAUAUGCAGGAUUUACCCCAAGGCAGAGGCGGAAUGACAACUCAUGGGGCCCCCGGGCAAUAGGGGAUCAUGGGGCCCCUGUGUCCUUGCCCAAACUCAAAAAAGCCUAUGAGAAAGGUACCAGGGGCAUCUCAUGGGGCCCCCUACUGACCCCGGGCCCUCGGCAGUGCCCAAGUUUUCAAAUGGUCAGUCCGCCCCUGCCCC